AUGGAUGAUAUACCUGAUUUGGUGACUGACUUGACUGAGGUUUCUCCAGUCUUGUCUAAAAGUAAUAACAAAGAAUCCCAGACGCAGCCUGAGAUAAAGAAGGAAUCUCAGGUCAUCGAUAAAAAGAUACCAAUCACUAUUAUCACUGGCUACUUAGGGUCAGGUAAGUCCACUUUACUUGAAUACAUUGGUAAAAAGUCACAUAAAAGACUUGCCAUCAUCUUGAAUGAAUUUGGAGACUCUUCAGCAAUUGAGAAGUCAGUGACGAUACAAGAUGAAGAUAACAAAGAAUCAGUUCAGGAAUGGUUGGAUAUAGGAAAUGGUUGUCUUUGUUGUACUGUUAAAGAUAAUGGAGUUCUAGCGAUUGAAAAUUUGAUUGAAAACUCUAGGGGCAAAAUCGAUUACAUUUUAUUGGAAACUACUGGUAUUGCUGAUCCAGCACCAGUUGCCAAAAUGUUUUGGUUAGAUGAAGGAUUAUCAUCUAAUGUCUACAUUGAUGGCGUUGUGACGGUUGUUGAUUCUGAAAAUAUCAUUAAAUGUUUGGAUGAUGUGGGGGGUCACUGGCAUAAGGAGAAUAAUCAUUUAAAAACAGCCCAAUCAUCAGACAAAGAUGAAUUAACGGAAGAAGAAAUUAAAGAUGAACAUCAAAAAUUACAAGAAGGUAUCACUACUGCCCACCUACAAAUAGCAUUGGCUGACUCUAUAUUAAUCAACAAAGUUGAUAAACUCGAAAAGAAAGGAGAUUACGAAAAUAAACUAUCUCAAAUAGAGAAUAGAAUUAGAUCCAUAAAUAAUACUUCACCGAUGCAUCCUACAAGCUUUGGGGAUAUCGAUCUUGAAAAGAUAUUAGAUUUGAAAGCUUUUGAUAGUGAAGGAGUCAAAUUUUCACAAUCGUUAAACAUUCUGGAAAAUUCAGUUUACCAUGAUGAUCGUAUAACCACAAUCACAGUUACCUGUGAAUUUUUCCAGAAUUUGGAUUCUUUCCGUAAAGUGGAAUCCUUCUUACAGUAUAUUUUAUGGGAGAACACUGUCAAUGGUAAAGAAGUAGAGAUACAUCGUACCAAAGGUAUAAUGGCCUGUGGUUCCCAUAUAAAAGUUAUUCAAGGAGUUCGAGAAACUUACGAUAUAAUUGAUGCAAAACAAUUAGCACCGGGAAUUGACGAAAAUAAGUUUGUGUUUAUUGGUAAAAACUUAUCCCAUGACGACUUGAAAGAAGAGCUCUUCAGGUUCCUUGAAUAA